AUGCUACAUUGGAAAUCUAUUUACCAUGCGGUAUAUCAAGAUGAGAAGCCUAGUGCUCUUACUAUUGGGUUACCUAUAUUUUCUAUUGUGUUUUAUUUCGCUAUUCAGUAUAUUUUAUCUGAAGAAAGCUUUGAGUGGGUAGUCGAUGACUACUAUUUGCAUUUCGAUUCGUUAUUUAAAUUCAAACUUAAUGCUUUGUCAAUGCAUGCUCUUUUCUUCUCCACAAUGUUUGAAAUGAUAGUUUGUCUUCUUUUAAUUACCAUCCCUUUGAACAUAUAUGAAAGAGAGCACGGUACUGUGUUUACUGGUGUAUUUUUAAAUUUAAUAACUACAUUUUCCAGUAUAUUUACCUGCCUUAUUGGUAAGCUACUAUCGAAGCUGGGUGUUAUCGACCUCGAUCAAAAUUAUAUCCCAGUUGCAGGUAUGAGUGGUUGGCUGUUUGUGCUUUUAGGUUUUUUCACAGUAAGGAAGAAAAUGAAGAAUAACUCAAGAAAUAUAUUAAUACAGCUUCAUAGAAGUAGCGUACACAUUCCAACAGUCAUGCCAUCAAUACUUCUUUUGGUUCUCUAUAACAUACUCCAGUUUUUUAUUUAUCAAAAAAAUUCUUCACUAUUAUCGGUCUACCACACAGUUUGUCUUGGGAUAGGGUACUUAAUUUCCUCUAAGGAAACCUAUUUUGCCGUACUUGUACCUCCAUCUGGGUUGAUAAUGGCUAUCGAAAGAGUUUUGAAUAAGUUAAUAAACCUAAUCCCUCUAUUUGUCCAAUAUUACAAAGAAAAGGAUAUGAAGAGAACGUUCUUAAAUGCAGAGGAUGCAGAAGUAGAUGAAUUAGCUGAAUUGCCAACCUAUCAAAACUAG